AAUGAAAGAGAAACCGGAGGGACAAUUAUUUCCCCUAUGUCCAAUUGUUUCGGAUAAUGACCAAAAGCUUCGUGCAUUACUAUAAAUUUCUGGAAUUUUUUCUAAAUCUCUCAGUCGUUGAAAAGAAAAGUGUUCUUCAAGAAGAUUUUCAAAUUUAUAUAUUUUCACACAUAAGAAAAAAAAGAGAAGAAGAAGACUUCGUAUAUUCUUUGGGAAUUAAAAACACAAGAUGGUUCGAGUCAACUUCAAAAUUUUCGCUGCGAUAGUUAUAUUAAAUUUUGGAAUUGUUCUUUGCAUUCCGAAAUUUGAACUCAAUGGAUUUAUUCCAAGUUCAGUGGACUAUUUAACAAAAGGUUCUCCAAAGUCUCGAGAUCAAUUGGCACUUCCUUCGCAAAGAUCGAGUGAACUUUCGAGUGAAGCCAAAGAUUCAACCACAAAACUAACACCCUCGCAGGCAAAUGAAAUUUCUGAUCGGAAUCAGGAGCCGCGAUUUGGUUUCACUAAUCUUGGAGGCACCGGAACCGGUUACGGUGUUGGCUCGUAUGCACCAGCGAAAAUCGACUUAGGGGGACUUUUGCUGGGAGCUGUUAUUGGAAUUGGAACCGUUCUUGUAAUUCCAAAAUUAUUGUACAUCGUUUCAGGAAGCUAUGGAACUUACGCAAGAAGCGACGACGGAGGUGUAAUGCAAAUGAUGACAAAAUUAGACGACGCACUCGCCCGCCAUGGAAUUGACACGACUUCCUGUAUGCAGAGAAUGGUUUGCUCCUAUUCAAAACGUGCAGCUGUUGCUGUUCGUGAGGCUGCAAUUGAAACAAACGACACCCAGGAGGAAGUUUCUUCAUUGGAUCGAAUGGUCGAUGGACUGUCGACAAAUCAAAUUUUAAGAACAGCACUUCAGGGAACCGCCAUUCAGGAAGCCGUUGAUUCGGGUCGAUCAGGUGAAAAUUGUUCUCGCGCCUAUCCGCAAUGUGGCUUCUCACUGGAAACAAUUUUCUCCCUCGCUUCUCACGUUAUGUCCGCCAUGACAUCCGCUGAUGCUUCGACGGCAAAAACCAAAGCCUCCACAACGUCUGACGUUCACUGAUAAUUUCCAUUAUGUAUUUUAUAUUUAAGUAUAUUUGUAAAGAUUCAUCCAUUUUAUAAACAUAAAUAUUAAAUAUUAAAUAUACAUGUGGUUAAAUAUGGUUGAAA